AUGAAGCUCCAUGAUCAAUAGUUGUUCUUCGGGUGUGAUGUUACCCCUUCGCACAUCUGGUCGAAGAUAGUUCAACCAUCUGAGACGACAACUUUUUCCGAUCUAGCAAGAGAGUUCCAAACGCCUUCACCAUGA